GUUAGGUUAGGUUAGGUUAGGUUAGGUUAGGUUAGGUUAGGUUAGGUUAGGUUAGGUUAGGUUGGGGUGCAAGGGCUGGUAGACCUCCUCGUGGUGCACCCUGGGAGGGGGAGGAUAGACGCUCAGUUGCGCGUUUGCUGUCCUUCCUCUGCGAACUACCAGUCAUAGGCGUGGUGCAGUUGAGCUUGCUCCUGCGUUGGCUUCAGUGCCGUGUUGUGUGGUUGGCUGCCCCCGUCAUGCCUCAGUUCCACCUGAGGUGGCAGAGGACGCAGCCGUGGUCUAGUGGUCAAUACCAUUGGCCUGUGGUGGCCGUGCGAUGUCGUGCGUGCAUCGUCAAAACCGCAAACUUGGUCCGUUGGUGCCAGGAGCGGCGGCCGUCUCCCUUCGGGGUGGGGGCUGCGAGGAAGAAAACCUCUAUAAAAAUUACCCAUGGUGAGGGCGACGGUUGACUCAGGUCAGCUGUCGGCCAACUCGUAACCCGGCCCGCGGGGUCGGCACGAGGGUCGCUGGCGUUGGACGGGGACCGCGAGGACGGAAUACCUCUAUAAAAACCACCUAGGGCGGCGGGUGCUGCUAGCUUCGGGGAAGAAGUUAGUGGUGCAGACUAUGGUCACCGUCGGCCGAACCGUUAUCCCGGGGUGGGUUCUGGUCAUGUUUUAGGCCUGCCCUCGGAACCGGUAACCUUGCCUUAAUCGGCCGGGUCAAGGGGAGUAAACCCCAAUAAAAAAUCCAUAACUCUUGGCGUGUCGGCUUUCCGCGUCAAGAUGCUCUUCGGAGCGGCUGGAGUGAGUACCAGUCAUGAGAAUCCAAACCUGUGAUACCGCCCGACCUCACAGUGUUAAUAGGGCCACCUAGGCAUCGAGGAUCUCUGCCUUCCGUGGAAAUUUAUUUCUCCUCUACUCGUGGGACUUAUUAUGCAAUUGAAUAAUCUUAAAAAACAAACCCAACAAAAACCCAAAUCCAACCUGACCCCUGCAAACGAAGAUCGGACAAAGAAUGUUGCUUCUGAUUCGGAAUUGACGACGAAGGUGGCGACGAAAGUCGCAAAAGUGACGCUUGAGCGUCUAGACGCGGAAAAGGUCUCCGCAACAGACUCGGACGGGAGUGUUACCUCUGUCCGGUCCAUGCGCUCAGCCCGGUCAAUGCGCUCAAACCGGUCUCGAUCACGCUCACGCUCCCCAGCGAAUGAGAGUCGCUUCUUUAGCAAGAGACGGCGCCUUUCGAAUGAAAGGUCACGAUCUAGGUCGCCGAAUGUUGACGAUGGUCCUAGUACAUCGGCAAUUGUGGCGCCUGCACGCAGAGGAAAAGGCCGUUCCCCCAACACGGAGGAAAACGUCGGCUAUGCAAAGGCUGUUGAAGGGGCCAAUAAGGCGAAACGUGAACAACUUCGGCUUCGCGACGAAGAAGAGGCGGAGGACUUAUGUCUGUCUUAUAAAACCCGCCAAGUAAGACUAUCGGAAAUGUCCACCGACGAGGAUGUGAACCUCGAUGAUCGCGUCCUUGUCAGCCUAGAAACCAUUGACAUGGUGGCCCAAAAGUCCAGUCAUCUUAAGGGUACCUUUCAAAAGGCCCUAAAGGACUCAGCCAAGGAAAUGAAGAAGGUCUUUGAGGAGCUUAGGACACACACGGUAUCCGACGAAACCCGGCAACUAGUAGCACAGAACAAGCGCCUUAAAGCGGAACUGGCAGAUGUCCGCUCUGAGCUCCGAAAAAUUCGCGAGGAAAUGCAACGCUUUGAAAUUUCACAUCGGAGUUCGCUUCCCAUAGAGGAGAUGAACGUGGUUCAAUCUGCGUCGUUGGGACCUCAUCCACCGGCGCCAUCCAAAAAGAAGGCUAAGUCUAACGAACCUGCGGCCCUAGACAUAGAGAGCAUUGUCCGGGCUGUUACAACUCAAGUAGGUAGCAUGAUUAAUGCUAGAUUUGAUGGUUUGGAGAAAGAAGGCAGACUAUUGCCAGCCCAAAGUCUCCGUCCACCUCUGGCAAGCGACAAGAGGAAAGAGUCGGCUUCAAACGUGAGCGUCGUCCAAAAGCCCGCGAUGCCAGUGGCCUCUGUCCCUGGCAAGAAGGGUCCACCAAACUAUACUGAAGAGCCGCAAAAGAUCAGCGGCAAGGGCAAGGGCAAGGGCAAAGGCAAGAAAAGCAUUGCCCCACAGCCCAUUGUCAGCCAGAGUACGGCAACCCUUCGGUCCCAUCCAGCGUCUCCAGGUCCCUCAACAGAGGAAGGAUGGCAAAAGGUGGGCCCCAAGGGCAAAAAGAAAAAGAAGGCGGCCAAUGCUGUUUCCAAAACACAACCGAAACAGAAACAGCAACCAAAGAAGGUACGCAAACUAGUGCCCCCGCGUUCAUCAGCGGUGGUUCUGACACUGCUCCCAGAGGCAGUUGAAAGGGGGGUGACGUAUGCGAAUGUACUUACGGAGGCCAAGAGUAGGGUCGACUUGGCUGGACUCGGCAUUUCUGCAUUGCGAAUCAAGCGCGCAAUCACUGGGGGCACCGUUCUAGAGGUCCCAGGAACCACCAGUGGUGAUAAGGCCGACCAACUGGCCAGAGCGCUUGCGGAAAAGCUGGGUCCAGAAGCUGUUCGUGUAUCAAGACCUGUCAAAUGCGCAGAGCUCCGUUUGACAGAGUUGGACGACUCAAUAUCGCCCGAGGUAGUAGUAGCUGCGAUCGCCAGCGUCGGCGAGUGCUCAACAGACCUGGUAAAGACCGGUGAGGUUCGUCGAGGUAUUAGAAGACUCGGCACUCUGUGGGUGCGCUGCCCUGUUACGACAGCCAAGAAAGUCACUCAGGCUGGUCGCCUUGAACUCGGUUGGGGCCUCUCGGCUAAAGUUAGCCUUCUUGAAGAAAGACCCAUGAGGUGCUUCCGCUGCCUGCAGAUGGGGCAUGCUGGGGUUCAAUGCACAGCGACUGAAGACUACAGUAACCGCUGCUAUAACUGCGGUCAACCAGGACAUAAGAGGUCAGCUUGCUCUGGAUCAACUCAAUGUAUCCUGUGUCAUGCUGCGGGAAAACCUGCGGACCAUAAAAUCGGGUCCAAAGCGUGCACCAACCCUAGCCCAAAGAAUACAAAACGCGCUGGCGAUGGCCCCCAGGCCCCCUCCCAGGCUGUUCUCCCCUCCACCGGUGCGGUGGAAGAAGCUGAGAUGGACAUUGUAACGACCGACCAUUAAUGACAAUAAAGGUGUUGCAAACUAACCUCAAUCACUGCGCCAGGGCUCAAGAUCUGCUUUUGCAAUCCCUGGCUCAGUGGAGUAUUAAUGUGGCAGUUGUGGCUGAGCCGUACUCAGUCCCACCGCGAAGCGAUUGGGUAGCUGACAUAGACGGAGUUGUCGCAUUGGUGGCAAGAGGAGGCACAUUCGAAAGCGUUGUCCGGGGGAAAGGUUAUGUGUCGGCAAAUUAUGAACGUGUCACUUUUGUCGGCAUCUACUUUUCUCCAAAUCGCUGUUUGGCUGAAUUCGAACGGUUCCUGGCGGAGGUAGGCACCCGAGUCAGCCAGCUUUAUGGCCGGGGAUCAGUGGUCGUCGCUGGAGAUUUUAAC